GAAGGUAAACGGCGUUUCCGUGCACUGCUCUGGUUCACCAGAAGUGGCUUAGUCAUGCUGGGCAUAUGACCCAGAAGCUGUACGCCGGCUCCCUCGGCCAAUAAAGCGAGAUGAGUGCCGCAACCCCAGAGUCGGCCACGACUGGACCUGAUGGUCAGGGGUCCCUUUACCUUUACCUUACUCAUCAUGAAGUUGUUACAGUAAGUGCCAUACUUUUCAACAACAACAAAAAGAGGUACCGGUACUGCGUACCCCCUGAAAAAUCCCUGUCUAUACCUGUAUAAUAUGCCUGUGAUAUGUGCAUAUAAACAAGCUCCAUACCUUCUUCUCAGUCCUACAGUGAAUAACUCUGAACUUCUGAUGUGCAAUCCAUAAUCCAGUCAGUUCUGAAGUUCAUGCCUGCAAUUGGAGUUGUGCAUUAAUAAGGCACACAAUACAUUAACCCGCGUAUAGAGUUAUGGAAAUGGUAAUUCCCCUAAUAUCUUAUGCUGCUCCCCACCUGCAAAUAUUCCAAGUAUAAAACUUAGGCCAUGUAAACCAGCCUUGUUAGCAGAUCUAUGGGGGCUCCUUUUAAUUAAAGCUGAGCCAGAUAACUAAUGCCCUUUAAAAAUAAUUAGAAUAUAUGCACCCAAAUGGUAUAUUUAUAGUUCAUUAUGCCAGAUAAUUUGAGUGCAUAUUUUUGUCCCUUUCAAAGAGAUUAAAUCAGUGUAAGUUGCAUGAUGUAUUUUGCAACCUGACCACACUGCAUAGCAAACACCAUUCAUACUGAUUUGUUUACACAUUUAUAAACUUAAACUCCUUCUGGAUAUGAAAAGGAGAAGAUUUACAAAUGUAUGUAUGUAAAUAUAGGCAUAUAUAUUCUCCCAGUGCCUGAGUCCAUCUCUGCUGAAUAUUAAUAGGAGCUCCAGAUUGGCUUGGGAAGAGGAUAUUUCUAGUAAAUAUGAACAUGCUCCACCCACCCGCCCCUUAAAAGUAGGGAACAAUUAUUUGGUUAGCCAACCUUCGCUGUACUUGCCUUUUCAUUGUGAUGACAUAUGUAUGUUUUUUACUGGCCUCAAAAAUUGUUGUCGUCCCCCCACCCUCUGAUCCUACUUGUAACAGAGAUUAUUUCUUUUUUAGAAAUCUUCCUGUGAGCCAAAAGAUUUGUCACUGACUCUGGUGUCUCACAUAAUCAAAUCACCAUUCUUGGUAGGAGGCAAAGUUCUUUCUUUAGUGAUGUUUUUGCCUUGUUCACAAGCUCUGUCCUGGAGGCAACCUGUCUGGUUUGAUCUUUCUGUACGAAGAUGCAAGGAGAAGAAGAAGAAGAAGAAGAAGAAGAAGAAGAAGAAGAAGAAGAAAGGAGAAAAAGGACUUUCCUUUUGACUGUUUUCAUAUUUAAACCGAAAGUUUGAAGCAAGAGGAAAGAGUACAAAUAUUUUUAAUAUCUUGCGUGAGACUAAGAUGAGGAGGUCCACUUCUGUUGCUUGUGGAAGGAACAGCCAUUGCUUGCUGACAGAGCAUUUGCUUAGCAAGCAGAAAGUCCCAGUUUCAACUCCAAAUCUCUCUAGGUAGGCCUAAGAAAUCCUGGACAGCCACUGCCAAGUCAGUGUGGGCAAUACCAAUGAUCUGACUUUGUAUGAGGUCCCUGUGAAGGAGCUCUUGGGAUCUUCAGCUCUGUCAAGAUGUUUUGCACUUCCACUUAUAUGUGUAUGUGCAGGUUGUAUGGACUACAUCUCCCAUCAUUCUUGACCACUUGUGCUGCUAGCUAGUAGUGGUGGGAAUUGUAGUCUAACAACAUCUGGAGACCCAAGGUUGAGAAGUGAUGACCUAAUGGGUAACAUAAAAUGUUGAGAGUAUCCCCAGUCCAUGAAUUAGAGCAGACUUUCCCAAACUUGGGUCCCCAGCUGCUUUUGGACUACAGUUCCCAUCAUCCCUGACCACUGGUCUUGCUAGCGAGGGGUGAUGGGAGUCAUAGUCCAAAAACAGCUGGAGACCCAAGUUUAGGAAACAAUGAACAUGCAGGUUAGGAGAGCAAAGCUAACUCUCAUAUCUUCUUAGCCGAAUUACUGAAAUACCCUUCUCCCAAUCCAAGACAAAGCUCCGCCUUUCGGAAAUCCCCCCCGCAUGUCAAUUCCACCUUUGAAAUCCCAGUAAUGUCCGGGAAUAUCCAGACAUAUGGCAGCCCUAAAAAUUGCCCAUUCAGCAUAUUGAGACUACCGUAUUGGCCUGAAUAUAAGCCACCCCUAAAAAUAAGCUGCACCUUGGGAGCACCGGGUGGGCUACGCACCGUUGCCCUGUGCUCCUGGGCUGCUCUGGGGGGGGGGAAGCUACACUGCUUUGCUGGCAGCUUUCCCCUUCUUUCUGAUGGCUUAGGGGAGGCUUGGGAGCAGCAGGCGGGCUGCGUGCAAUUGCCCUGCGCUCCAGGACUGCUUUCAGGGGAGGGGGAAGCCACGCCGCUUUGCUGGCAGCAUAAUGUUGCAAAUAUAAGCCGUACUUUAACUUUUCACGGUUGGAAUUUGGGGGAAAGUGCGGCUUAUAUUUGGGCCAAUACAGGAAUAAGGUCUAUUCCUUAUUCAGGAAUAAGAGCUAUUCCGCCUGGCUUUCAAUUUGAACUUAGCCUGAUCUUUUAUUCCCCUCUCUUCCCUCCCCCUCCCCUUUCUAUGAAGAUUACCUGCUCUGGGAUCCCACAGCUAAUUCUCCCCUGAUCUCCUCGCUGGCCAAAUAGGACUAAUUUAGCCAGCUAGCCCUGGUGAUCAUCUAAUGUUUAUUGAAUGGUUCCCCCCCCAAUUGAUUUUUGAAUUCUGAAUUUAUUGUUAUUCACAUUUUAUACCGUAUUUUAUGCUGUUUAUUUUUUUGUUGUUGUUGCAUCAAUUAAGUGUUUUAAAUUUGUUGUUAGCCACCCUGCGCCCGGUUUUCUGAUCCGGGAAGGGUGGGGUAUAAAUAAUAAAAAAUUAUUAUUAUUAUUAUUAUUAUUAUUAUUAUUAUUAUUAUUUCUUCGUUGCUUUUUAUAGAAUGUGUCAGAGUGGCUUACAAAAUAUUAAAAGGCAAAACAACCCAUCAAACAUUUAAAAUCUAUGACACACAGUAAAAUGAAGGGUCAUUAAAGAUAUUUAUCCUUCAACAAGAACACACAAAAAUAAGACAGUUCUGGACAGUGGCAUCUUGUCCUACUUGAGUUUGGUAACGAUAGGAUAUCAGAGCGAUUCAGAAGCACAGGGUCGUAAGGCCAAGCACAGCGAGACAGCCUAUGAUGAGAUGUCAUCCAACAGGAGGAUCCUGAGGCAAAGCCAAGAUCACGCAGCAAAACAGGUUUUCAAGAGCAACGUAUUAGCAGGGGUCCAGGGGUCAGUAGCACAGGGUCAGUCAGGAUAGAUGGUAGUAACAAAAGGCUGAAUCUACAGAACCAAGGGCCGGUGUUCUUCCUGCAACAUACAGGGAGAAACUUGAAGCUUACAGAACAAGACUCAGCUGUGACUAGUUAGCCCCAGCCUUUAAGGUUCACUGUUUCUGAAGAGGCUUCAUACACCUGAAGAGCCUGGUUCUUCUGGGCCUUGAGACUUGUGUCCUGCCUCCUUGAUUCUGGCAUUCUCUGGGCCCAGGAGGUAACUCAACCUUCCCCCCCCCAGGUGAAGGAUGUGCUGCAGGUGAAUAAGGAAGCUCAUUCUGAGGUCCUCCUGGGUCCUCUGCUGCACAUGGGAUUGGCAUCGCUUCUCAAGAGAUUAAAAAAAUUCCUUCCAGUAGCUCAGCGGUUCUCAACUGGUGGGUCCCCAGAUGUUGUUGGACUACAAUUCCCAUCAUUCCUGAGCUCUGGCCUUGCUAGCUAGGGAUGAUGGGAGUUGUAGUCCAACAACAUCUGGGGACCCACAGGUUGAGAACCGCUGCAGUAGCACUUUAGAGACCAACUAAGUUUGUUAUUGGCAUGAGCUUUCAUGUGCAUGCACACUUCUUCAGAUACACUGAAACAGUGUAUCAGACAAUCACCCAUUCCCACCACCCUUCUGAGUAAUACCCCUCCCCGCCCUCUCACUAUAUAUAAGGGUCUGGUGACUUCUGUUUCAGUGUAUCUGAAGAAGUGUGCAUGCACACGAAAGCUCAUACCAAUAACUAACUUAGUUGGUCUCUAAGGUGCUACUGGAAGGAAAUUUUUUAUUUUGUUUUGACUACGGCACACCAACACGGCUACCUACCUGUAACUAGAACUUCUCAAGAGAUUGUUAGCCACUUUGAGACUCCUUAGGGUAGUGAUAAAGGGGUGCGGAUGGCACUGUGGGUUAAACCACAGAGCCUAGAGCUUGCUGAUCAGAAGGUUGGCAGUUCGAAUCCCCAUGACGGGGUGAGCUCCCGUUGCUUGGUCCCUGCUCCUGCCGACCUAGCAGUUCGAAAGCACGUCAAAAUGCAAGUAGAUAAAUAGGUACCGCUCCAGUGGGAAGGUAAACGGUAUUUCCAUGCGCUGCUCUGGUUCACCAGAAGUGGCUUAGUCAUGCUGGCCACAUGACCGAGAAGCUGUACAUUGGCUCCCUCGGCCAAUAAAGCGAGAUGAGCACCGAAAGCCCAGAGUCGUCUGUGACUGGACCUAAUGGUCAGGGGUCCCUUUACCUUUACCUUUAGGGCAGUGAUAAAGCAGGAUAUCAAAUCCAAACUCUUCUUCUUCUUCUUCUUCUUCUUCUUCUUCAAGAAAUGCUGGAAGUGUCUGGAGUAACACCGGAGUCAGCCCCAAAUCUUCAGACUUAUCUCUUUGUUUCACGACAAUUAUGCAUGGCUAGAUUUUAACAAGCCAACCAACCUCAAAGUAGUUUGUUGUCCUUUCAUUCCCCAGCCACUAUUCCUGCCUGUUUCUCGAUUUGCCUUUCCUUCUCUUUCUUUGCCCUUGUUGCCCUUGGUUGAUUUGUCCAUUCUGCUGCUGAAUCCGCUUCACUACAGCGACAUGUGCCAUUUGUUUUACAGCAGAGUUGGGGAACCAUUUUGGUCUAGCAAGCUGGAUCAAAACGUGGCCAACACUCUACAGGCAACAUCUGACAGAUGGGCAGGGGCUCCCCACCUGUCAAUCACCUGACAUGAUGUCAGGUGAAGCCAAUCCUUUCCCAAACAGAGCUUGUAUUCUGUGCCAAAUGUAAACAGCACUGGGUGCAAACCAGGGUUGCAAAGGAACAACCAAGAGUGCGCGGCUUAAAGUAUGCUUCCAGUUGUUAUUUUGUGCCUCUCAGCAUUUCAGUUGUCCCUUCUUAUGAUGUCGGGUGAGUGACAGGUGGGUGGGGCCAGCUGGAAACAGCCUGGUGGGCGUCAUUCGGCCCACUGGCUGAAGGUUCCCCAUUGCUGUUUUAUGGGUAUCGAUGAUAUCAUCACUUCAAAUGUAGCAUUGUGAAGUCAUUGAGAAAACUGGGCAGGCCCACUCAUAAUGUUGAAAGGAAACCACUGAAUAUGCAGCUAGCUUUGAAAGACUCAUUUUACCAUGAAAAUGAUUCAAAGAGUUUCAGUUCAGCCCUAGUUUCAGGUAUAGCAUGGCUCCCACAGUCUCCUCCAUUGUGAAUGGGAAAGCACCAAUGCUUUAGGAAACACAUCAGGGCUCCUUUGCACCUAAGGCAUGCCUGAAAAGAUGUCCUGGCAAGGAAGACUCUCUGCUGGUCAUCCUGGUUCUCUAUUGUAUGUGUUAAAAAGACGAGAAACUCUGUGAUCACUCCUCACACUAUAUAUUGUUAUUUCCCUCCAUGUCAAUAAUUUGUAGCUCCUAUAAAUGAAGCUUUUUGGAAAUCAAGUUAGCCAUGUUUAUCAUACAGAUACACUUAAUGGAUGUGAUUUACUUUCCCUUUAUGGCUUCAACCUUGGAGUAACAAAAUCCGAGUCAAUUGGGUUGCACUAUACAUUCUGAUUCCCCUCAUUUAUUCAGCGUUGAUUGUGUGAAAUUUCAGCAUAUGGGAUUGGGAAUGAGUCAUGAUUGGACUCAUCAGUGUAGUUCCUAGGCUUUCUGUGGAUAAUAUUAUUUAUGCAGGGUGAUGCUAUAAAUGCAACAUGGCUUUUCAAUCAAAAGAACUCAUUUUGAAUACAAAGAGAACUCUCAGAAACAACUGCAUCACAGUGUAGCUGCUUAUAAGUGCUCUCUAAGAAAAGGGGAGAUCUUUUCUAAUACAAUGAGGGCAGGCCCACAUGAAAUACACACACCUUAUGCCACAAGGUGCCAUAGGAAGGCACUGGACAUAGUAAAAGACCCAUCGCAUCCUGGUCACUGUCUCUUCGAGCUCUUGCCGUCGGGACGGAGAUACAGGACGAUGAAGACAAGAACUAGCCGUCUUAAGAACAGCUUCUUCUCCAGAGCGAUCUCGGCCCUGAAUGGGAAGCCCGGACUUUGAAAGUCAUCUAAUCUCCCUUGCUGUAUUAUACUGUAUUGAUUAAUUAGUGUUUUUAUGGAGCAGUCAAGUAAUUUCGUUGUCCCCGAAGGGUGCAAUGACAAUAAAGAUAUUAUUAUUAUUAUUAUUAUUAUUAUUAUUAUUAUUAUUAUUAUAUGACAAUCUCAGUGGGGUUUAUUUGCCAAAUAAUCUCAGUGUGGUUUACUUGACAAUCCAUAGUUUCGGGAGCAGGGAGUUUUGGCAGGUGAUAACUGUCUCUAAUAAUUUGCAUAACAAUCUUAUUAGAUGAUCUCAUUCCACACUUCCAUUGGUGUCCCCCACACCAGAGUUCUCUCCUAUUUUAUGUGCUCAUUGAUCUGCCCUUGCCAGAUCCUACGCUCAUUGGAUCCUGAAUAUUUCAGCCCCCAAACCUUUCGUGAAUUAUUGGAUGCAUGAGAACGAAUGAUAAAAAUCAGAGAGCUUCUGAUCAUAUACAGAGAGAUUCUAUUACAGUACAAUACUUGGGAACCAGAGACAGCAGCUAUGAUCUCAGGGCUUGCAAGUACAAUGAAGGCUUCUUUCCACACCUCCCUUUUUAGGAAUUCACCAACUCAUGCAAAAUCUUAAAAAAAUUACGUACAUAUUUGCAGUGCAUUUGAAUGGAAUUCUAAUAAGCCAGGGACUGCGGCUCAGUGGUAGAGCAUAUUAUUUGCAUGCAGAAGGUCCCAGGAUUAAUCUCAGGAAUCUAUAUGUAGGACUGGGAGAAACCCUAGAAACCUGCUGUCAAUCAAUUUAGACAAUAGUGAGCUAGAUGGACAAAUGGUCUGUCUCAGUACAGCUUUUAUGUACUCCAAUGAAAUGUGAUCAAAGAUUCAAAUAAAGAAUGAUCCAUGGUUGGCAUUCAUGGUUCAUAUGUAGGGCCAAGCUACACAAAGCGUGGGAGAUGUGUGCUGGAUUGGCCCACAGUUAUAUUAAUUACAAAUAAUCACGAAACUGGAGUGAGAGGCUGGUGUUUAACCUUUCCCCCAUUGUGUGAUAUUUUCUUGAUUUACAUUGUUCCUGCAGCAGCUAGCAGGGGGGGACUUUGGCCUUUCAAAUUUCAGUGGCGCCCUGUGUGAGACCAACACUCAUCCCCUGGCCUAUCGCUUUCUGUUCUGCUCAAUUCACUAUGACAUACGUAGUCGCAAUGCUCUAUGAGACCCCAUAGGCCCAUCACCCAGUGCAGCAGAACCAGUCGUGCUGUUGUAAAUCUGCCUCUGCAGCUAGUAAUAGGCAACAUACACGUGUGUAUUUUUAGGGUGUGAGGCUAUAUUUGGCUAGGACAGGGCAAUUUUGAGUGGAAAUAAAAGUAAGCAUUGACAGGCAACAUAAAAAGGUAAAGGGACCCCUGACCAUUAGGUCCAGUCGUGGAUGACUCUGGAGUUGCAGUGCUCAUCUCGCUUUAUUGGCCGAGGGAGCCGGUGUACAGCUUCCGGGUCAUGUGGCCAGCAUGACUAAGCCACUUCUGGCGAACUAGAGCAGCGCAUGGAAACACCGUUUACCUUCCGGCCGGAGCGGUACCCAUUUAUCUACUUGCACUUUGACGUACUUUUGAACUACUAGGUUGGCUGGAACAGGGACUGAGCAACGGGAGCUCACCCCAUCAUGGGGAUUCAAACUGCCAACCUUCUGAUCGGCAAGCCCUAGGCUCUGUGGUUUAACCCACACAACAUACAUGUGUUUAUUUUUAGGCUGUGAGGCUAUGAGUGGCUUGGACGGGACAAUUUUGAGUGGAAAUAAAAGUAAGCAUUGAUGAGUGGAGUUUGGGAGGUGGGUGGACAGCUUUACAGCUUCAGAUGUCCUCUCCUCUGUUAACAACAACAAUAAUAAUAAUUCCAUCCAUCUGACUGGGUUGCCCUAGUCACUCUAGACAGCUUCCAACAAAUGAAGCAUAUUGAGCACAGUAAACCAUCAAACAUUAAAAACUUCCCUAUACAGGGCUGCUUUCAUAUGUCUUCUAAAAGUCAGAUAGUUGUAUAUUUCCUUGACAUUUGAUGGGAGGGCAUUCCAUAGGGCAGGCACAACUACCAAGAAGGCCCUCUGUUUGGUUCCCUGUAACCUCACUUCUCUCAGUGAGGGAACUGCCAGAAGGCCCUCAGUGCUGGAUCUCAGUGUCUGGGCUGGAUGAUAGGGGUGGAAACAGUCUUUCUGUUUCUGAGCUUCAUGAAUGACUGCUGUUCUUUAUGUAGCCAAAGUAGCACUAUGUCAGCAGACUCAGUGAAACACCAAGGUUUCCCCUCCAAAUUAUUUCAGGGGGAAAGGCUCUCUGUGGCCAUGGCAUGCUGGCAGAUGGGAGAGGGCUGAAAAACUGGGUAGGACUGAAAUAGCAUAUUGUGGAGGGUAGCAUGGUCAUCUAGAACAGUGAACAAGAGCACCCCACUUGGCCACAUUUUGUUGCAGGUCCACGUACACAGAUGAAACCAUCUUCAUGUGUUGAACAGUGACCUCUGUUAUUAAUUCUCCAACAGAAAACCCUGUCAUCAGCAUCAGCUCAAUAAACAAACAAGACGUAACCGGCUGUGUUCUUAGAUAAAUAAGGUAUACUAUUCAUAGUAUCAAAUCAUAAAUCUCAAGAGAAGUAACUCAAAGUUCAACCUUUCAUAUGGAUUGUUUGGACCUUAUGAACAGACAGGUGGAAUGGACACUAUUACACGGAUGGACCUUAUGCAUGAACUGACUAGAGAAUGAUCUGAUCCACUGGGUCUUCUGCUUUGUUCGUUUGUUGAACUUUGAGUUACUUCUGUUGAGAUUUAUGAUUUGAUACUAUGAAUAGUACACCUUAUUUAUCUAAGAACACAGCCGGUUACGUCUUGUGUGUUUAUUGAGUAUGCUUUAUGUGACCAUAGGUUUGUUUGUUGUUGUUUUAUCAGCAUCAGCUCAGCAUCAACAUCUGUAAUAAGGACUGUAAUUGAUUAUAUGAUUCAAUUGCACAUAUAUCCUAUUCCAUCAAAAUUACAACUGUGGUGUUUUGUUUCAAUGCACACGAAUAAAUGUGCAAAUCGGUAAAACACCACACAAAAUGAAUGCUUCUGCGAUCAUAAGGAACAGAGUGAGGGAGAUCUGCUCAAUCCCAGUUGAACACAAAGCUGGUGUUUUAAAGGUUUACGUAGACAUGAGUGAGAAACCUCCUUUUUAUAUAUAGGUGAAAAAUCAAUGUUAUUUGUAUUCUUGUGCACAUAGGUGAAAUUUGAGGAAUUGCCAAUCUGUAGUCUUAUGCCUACAUGAAGGUUUAGUCUGAUUACCAGUAAGAAAUGAAAAACCUCACAGAAAAAGGGACUCCAGGCAAUCUAGAAAAAUGAGACAGACAUCUAUUCAGAGUUUUCUAUGAUGGAGCAUAUCCAUUUGAUACAUUAACUAAUUAAAAAGAUAAACGACUAUUACUUACCAUUGCAAAUGGCAUUUACCAGCCCUGCAGGAUUGGAAGAGUUUCAGCCUUAUGUUUGAAUCCAUGAACACACUUAAUCUGUAGCGCCCACAUUUAUUUUGAAAGUGCUACUCAGUAUAGUCCAUAGAUUACUGUCAGACCGAGAUCAUGCAACCAGUUCAGAAUAGUUAAGCCAAAGUAGUUCAUUAUAAGCCAGCUAAUGACAUCCUAGAGGGACGCGGGUGGCACUGUGGGUUAAACCACAGAGCCUAGGACUUGCCGAUCAGAAGGUUGGCGGUUCGAAUCCCCACCAUGGGGUGAGCUCCCAUUGCUCGGUCCCUGCUCCUGCCAACCUAGCAGUUCAAAAGCACAUCAAAGUGCAAGUAGAUAAAUAGGUACCGCUCCGGCGGGAAGGUAAACGGCGUUUCCGAUUGCUGCUCUGGUUCGCCAAAAGCGGCUAAGUCAUGCUGGCCACAUGACCCAGAAGCUGUACGCCGGCUCCCUCGGCCAGUAAAGCAAGAUGAGCGCCGCAACCCAGAGUCGGUCACGACUGGACCUAAUGGUCAGGGGUCCCUUUACCUUUAAAGACAUCCUAACUACGUUUUACAAAUGGCGUUGUAAAUGUCCAUGCCAGCAGCAACAGCCCUGAGGGAGUUUUGCCUCUGGAAUGUAACCGUACCACAUUAUAAAAUAAAACCCUUCUGGAACAGUGAUUGCCAGGGCUGUCUUAAGCAUAUGCCCAGUCCCAGAUACGCAGGAGGGCGUAGCCGGGCAGCAGCCUCAGCAUCUUGCUGGCUCGGUCGCCCCUGAACUCACGGCGCAGAAGAGCCCGCAGCAGAAGAGCCUGCCGUGGUGCUUCGUCCGACGGGCGGGCAGUUCCACGGACUCAACUCUCGCACCCCCGAUUUCCUGCCUGGCACCCCUGAGAGCCCGGUGCCUGGGUGCCCCGCACCCAUAGCGCCUAUGGGUAAGACAGCCCUGGUGAUUGCAUUACUUAUGGCUGCUACAUGUGGGCAGGAACUUUUGGUCUGAAGGGAUUGAGUCUGCUAGAAAGUUCCCCAUAGGGAAUUCUUUUGCACACCUGAUGCCUGUCAAAAGCAGGUUUUGGUUCUACCAUGCAUCAGAUUUCUCUCUGGUUUGCAGUAUUGUUUAUUGAAACAAGCCAAGAUCGGAAACCAUAAGUUUGAUUUUGGGCUUGUUUCAAUAGGUGAGAGUUCAAACAAGCCAUGGUUUGACCUGGCUCAGAUCAAACUACAAACUGUGGCUAAUUUAAAACAGGAAACAUUAUUCUAAUGUCCUUACAGUUCAGUGAAGGAAGCAAGCAAGGGAAGAGGAGAAUCUUUUACCAGAUACUUGAGUAGGCUUGUUCCAUAGCAGUAAACUAUGGUCCAGAAAAAAUCUUAGGAGCUGGCUAGGAUGCUGCACGGACUAGAUUUUCUUUUGGUGGUUUUCUUUACAAAAGUAGGCUGCAGCCUUUAACCCUAUUCGUGUCUCCUCAUCUUUCUUCCUGUAAUCUGCAAUAAACUGCUGAAGUUGAGUUUGCCAGAAGUGAGUCAUGACUAUAUGAUCAAGGGCAGACAAAUGACACAGAACUGAUUUGUUUGAAGAAAAGGUGAUGACAAUCGCUGCACAUCGCAAAGGUGUGAUGGGGUUAUAUCUAUGGCCCCAAACCACUUUCUCAACAGAACUGUGCUGUUUUCCUUGCAAUCCACAGAAAGACAAAUGCAGAUCAGGUUUCUACAAUAAUGCAGCCAAAUAAAAGCACUGUAAGGAAACUUCUAUUUGUAGACCAUGUAAGAAAACUGAAAAGCAGGUUUUCAUUCUUGAAGCUAAUGACUAUCACCCACUCACUUGCGCUAAGAAUAAUCCCUUAAUGGCAUCAAGCUGAACGCAGACUGUACUUUCACAGAGUCUUUGCCAUUGUAUUCUGAAAGCACUGGGCAAAAUAGAAGGUGGACAAUGAGCAGGUGACAGCACUAUCUAUACAAAACCUGAAAGUGAUUGCUUGUGCCAUCUUGCCACCCGAGUGUGAUUUAGAUGAAUGUACAGUGAACCCUACAUGCUAUAUUUGUUAAACUAUGAUCUCAAAACCUUUUGACCCCAGAAAAAUCCUUGUUAAUACAUGUAAGACCCUCUGGUGUUAAAUCAACACUGAAUGUCAAUUGUUUGUUUUGUUUGAGCUCCUUUUACAAAACGCUGCAGAGCUAAGGGAUCGCUUCACAUGCUACAGUGGUGCCCCGCAAGAUGAAUGCCUUGCAAGACGGAAAACCCGCUAGACAAAAGGGUUUUCCGUUUUUGAGUUGCUUCGCAGGACAAAUUUCCCUAUGGGCUUGCUUCGCAAGACGAAAAUGUCUUGCGAGUCUUGAGAUUUUUUUCCCGCUUUCCCCCCCUUUAUCUAAGCCGCUAAGCCUUUAAUAGCCUUUUAGCAGCUAAUCCGAUAAGCCGAUAAGCCUUUAAUAGCCGCUAAACCGCUAAUAGCGCUAAUCCGUUAAGCCGCUAAAAGGGUUGCUUCGCAAGACGAAAAAACCGCUAGAUGAAGACUCUCGCGGAACGGAUUAAUUUCGUCUUGCGAGGCACCACUGUACUUCAAUUGUUUCAAAUGCAAUAACCAGAGUGGUUUAGCAGUCAAACGCUGCUGCGUGCCAAGGCCCCGUGCCUCGCCAUUCCCUAUUGAUUAAUAAACACACAGACACAAGUAUUUAGGUUUAUGGGAUAAAACAGGCCACAACUUUAUUGAUUACAGAUGGGAACAAUUUGGCUUAGGCAUUGGGUGAAGCCAGGCUAUAUCUUGACCCUCGCCCACCUGCAGGGAGUUGAACUAAGGAUAAACCACCAAUAGGGAGAGCCCUAUGACUUACAGUGAUCCAUACGAUGGUCACCUCCAGGCUUGACUACUGUAAUUCGCUCUACGCGGGGCUGCCCUUGAAGCUGUCCCAGAAACUCCAGCGGGUGCAGAAUGCAGCAGUGAGGCUCCUCACGGGGUCUCUGCCAUGGGAGCAUAUUCACCCAGUGCUUUUCCAGCUGCACUGGCUCCCAGUGGAGUACAGGGUCAGAUUUAAGGUGCUGGUUUUGACCUUUAAAGCCCUUCACGGCCUAGGACCCUCGUACCUACGGGAACGCCUCUCAUGGUAUGCCCCACAGAGAGCCUCAAAGUCCAUAAAUAGCAACACCCUAGUGGUCUCGGGCCCUAAGGAAGUUCGAUUGGCUUCAACCAGAGCCAGGGCCUUUUCAACUCUGGCUCCAGCCUGGUGGACCGCUCUGCCUCAUGAGAUCAGGGCCCUGCAGGAUCUGAUUUCUUUCCGCAGGGCCUGUAGGACAGAGUUGUUCUGCCUGGCCUUUGGCUUGGAGCCAAUUUGAUUCCCUCCCCCUCUUUCUUUUUCCUUUCUCCUCCUGUGAUGAGGCUGCAUUUUAAUAUUUUAAUGUUUCAGUAUUUUAAUUGUUGUAUUUUAAUCUUGUUUUUAAGUUGUAUUCAUUCAACUUGUUUUUAUUAUUGCUUGUUAGCCACCCUGAGCCAGGCCUUGACUGGGGAGGGCGGGGUAUAAAUAAAAAUUAUUAUUAUUAUUAUUAUUAUUAUUAUUAUUAUUAUUACAUCAAAUAGGGGCACCCCGAGGGAUCCCUGUUGGGGUUGUGUAAUGGCCCUAAUUCAUGUCUAGGCUUUGGACAGGAUCCACACCCCAGGACCCCUUUAACAGGAUUUUCUUCUUCUUCUUUGGCAAUCACUCAUAGCCGAGUAAGAUUGUCUUCUAUAAACACGGCUUUAACAAUGAGUCCGUAAGUGACUGUGGAGGCCAAUUCUGGAGCCACACGUCUUUCCACAGUGGGGACAUUAGUUUCCGGGUGGGAGUUGAUCACGGUGUGGAUUUGCCAAGGGUGCCUUCCUCUUAGCAUGUUUCUCCCUUGCAUCCUGAAUUCAAAUGUCUUCAAAGCCCAUGGCACCUGUGGUAAAGGCUGUUCUCCAACAGGAGCUCUCACAGGCCAGUGUUUCCCAGUUGUCAGUGUUUAUACUACAUUUUUAAAGAUUUGCCUUGAGACGGUCUUUAAACCUCUUUUGUUGACCACCAGCAUUAUACCCUUAUAGAGGAGUGGCAGGCGGAGGCUACAACCUUCCCUCCAUUAAACAAAGGCUUACCCAAUGCCUAAUGGCCCCUCAAGCCCAAAUGGCUCACCGCCAAUACCCUCACACCUGCAGCCAAGCUCUGACACCCUCUGCACUGCCAUUCAGCCAGAGAACUUUCCAAAGAACUUGGGAAAUCGAAGCUCCGUGGGAGGACUAGGGGUUACCAAAGAACUCUCAUCACCCUUAAAAGACUGCAGUUCCCAGGAUUCACUGGGGGAAGCCAUGGCUGUUUAAAGUGGUAUUAUACGACUUUAAACAUCCAGUGCAGAUGCAGCCUCAUUUAACUAUGUUUCUUGAGGGUUGUGGCCAUUUAAAAUAUUUCUCAAAAAAUGUGGCUAUAGUAAAAUGUUUAGUAUCAGCCAUGGAUUUAUAUUAUUUAUUGUAAUUCUCUUGGAAAAUGUGUGCCCCUCUUUACUUCUAUUGCAGUCUCAGUGCUCAGGACAACAUAGAACACUGAAAAACCAUCCACAUAAGACACCACGAUUAAUAAUACCGCACAACCUAAAAGAAGAGAGACAGGUAAAGAAGAUAAAAACCUAACAAGAACGAGGAGAUCAGCCUAUUAAAACUACUGAACCCAACAGGCCGAUACAAAAUGCUAUGAGAUGGCAUGAUAUCUGUCACUGGAUCCACCAGUAGCUUAUGGAAGAGUCAAUUGUUUCUGUUUCACAAUAAAAAUAAAUAAAUGAAACUCAACGGGAUCUGGCCCCUCAUGUGACAAAGUAACUCUGUAUGGAGACAAUCAUUAUUUGUGUUUCAUGAGGAUGACUCAUGGCAAGAAAAGUUAAGCUGCAAACAGGUCAGUCAUUACCUUUUAAGUAAAUACCACUGAAAUCAAGAGGACUUUUAUCCCAAUAAAUGGAUUUAGCACUGAGGUUCCGGUCCCUAAAUGGGGCAUCUGUCAGUGCAGACUUUUAUUUCACCUUCAAAUUGACUUUAAAGUGAGGAUUUCUGACCAAAAGAGAGGUUUAAGUGUUAAGUAGUUUUAAGUAACUACACAAGCAGAUUAUGCUGCACUUUGCCAUUUCUUUUAGUGUGUUUUUCCCCCUUUCCUUUUAUUGAGCCAAGCUGCAUUUGAUAGUGAUUUUUACUCAGAGUCUCCCAAAAACCUCACUCAAACCAAUAAUCAUGUGUUGAUAGGUGAAAUUAGUUUCAGAAUUCUAAUGAAGCUCAGCAUCUGGGAGACAGACAGCUCAUCUGAAGAUUAAAUGAGAAAAAUUGCCACUUUUGCUGGUUCCUUUAGAAACUCAUUUACAUUCUGUCAGCUUCCAUUAGGAAUGGGAACUGCAGAUAUCGAAGGAAAUAUGCAUGAAUUCAGCAGUCAUCCGGCCAAUCGGAGUCAGUUCCUCCUUGCUUACAAAGCUGCCGGGAGACAUAAUGUACUUACUCCUUCUGGAAAUAGUAGGUGAUAACACCUUCAUCUGAAAUGGUCAGGAAACAUUUUGAAUUUCACACCUGACAAAGGAUGACUGAAAGGUAAAUCUGGCAUUCUUUCAUGUCUGGGUAAGUCUUUGACAUAUUUGGGAUAGCAUGUGAAGGUACAGGAGUGAUCUUUUCAUCCACUUAGGUUUAGAAGUCUGUCCUCACCAUAAGAGACACAAAGAAUAUGUACUUGUACCGGCAGCUGUUUGAACGUGGCAUUGCAAUGUGGAAAAUGCCUGCUUUGAAUUCAAUAGAGAGCCCUAGAAAAAUGUUACUUAGCCCUCUUCAGACAUUCUUGUUCUGCUCUGUGUUGGGUUAAUGUCUGAGGGGAGAACAUUUGGAUGUGCACUGGCUCCAUCUCUGGUCACCAUUCUGGUCUCCUUGCACAAGUUGGAAGGGGACUUCUGAUUCAUGGAGCAUCCUGCAUUUGUAUAGUCUUCUGUGCAUUUUAGAACUUCGUAUCUUAAACCCCAUUCACUCCGAGUACAGGAGUCUUCCUGAUUGAGAUGUUCACUCUCCAACUUGUCAGAAUGUCAAAAGUGCAGGUGGAGGUAACGUCUUUGUUAGGGUUGUCAUAUUUCAAGAGGUAAAAAUCUGGAGACAAAAACUUGUUGAGCUUCUUUAGUGCAAUUGUCUUCCAUAAAUAUGGUUUUAACAAUGGGUCCGUAAGUGACUGUGGAGGCCAAUUCUGUAUCCACAUGUCCUUCCACAGUGGGGACAUAGGUUUCUGGGAAGGCACUUUUUCUAGCCCUUUCCCCUUUUCGGGGUGAGCAGAGUGGAUCCUAAAUAGGGCUGCCCAGUCAUGGAUAGAGCUGCCAAGCUGCUCAACUACCUCAUUCCUUAAGCAUCUGCAUGUCCUUCCACAGGUUUCCGGGCGGGAGUUGAUCAUGGUGUGGAUUUGCCAAGCGUGCCUUCUUCUUAGCACCUUUCUCCCUUUUGUCCUGAAUUUGAGCGUCUUCAAAGCCCAUGACACCUUUGGUAAAGGCUGUUCUCCAACUGGAGCGCUCGCGGGCCAGUGUUUCCAAGUUGUUGGUGUUUAUGCUACAUUUUUGUAGAUUUGCCUUGAGAGAGUCUUUAAGCCUCUUUUGUUGCAUUACGCUUACCAUUUUAAAGUUCGGAAUAGA